AUGCCCGUCUUCCAAGAAACUUCAACCGCCGCAAGAGAUCUCAGAAUCUUGCCGUCGCGCGCUCCUCCACUGCCAAGACUUUCCCACAAGUGCGAUGACAGUGCAAGCCCCGAGGGCAAUCAUGAGGUGGUAGUCAUAGGUGCUGGGCCGAGCGGUCUUUUUCUGACCCUGUUACUCGCCAGGUAUGGCAUCACAGACUCUUCGCUUGUCUGCCUAGACUCCAAGCCGGGGACAUUAAAGGCCGGCCAGGCAGACGGCCUGCAGCCCCGGACGUUGGAGGUGCUCCAGAGUCUCGGGAUAGCGGACGAAAUAAUCAGCGAGGGGUGUCACAUGGAGGAGGUGGCAUUUUGGAACCCGGUGGAAUCAGUCGCCAAGGGCAUCGAGCGAACCAGCUUCGUCCCUGAUGUCAGCGUGCCUGCGCGCUUCCCUUUCGAAGUCACCAUUCACCAAGGGCGCAUCGAACGUAUCCUCCAAGAGAACCUGGAUCUUUAUGCGCCGAACAACACAAUCCGAAGGUCGCAUCGCUUCCUCGAGUACACAUUCGACGACAGCCAGCCCGACUUCCCAAUCCUGGUCAAGUACGAAUAUGACCUCGCGGAUGGAACGACGCAACAGGGCACCCUUCGAACAAAGUACCUCGUAGGAGCAGACGGUGCCCGCUCACUUGUGCGAAAGUGCAUGGGUCUUGAACUGCAGGGCGAGACGACGGAUCACAUCUGGGGUGUGUGCGACUUUGUUGUAGACACCGACUUUCCCGACAUUCGCAAACGGUGUGCGGUGCACUCGGACGCAGGCUCCGUCAUGGUGAUUCCUCGAGAGCGAAUCGCGACUGGUGACUAUCUUACUCGCCUCUACGUCCAGGUACCCGGCGAGGUGGCCCAGGAUCGAGACUGUGAAACGGACAAGAAAUCAGCCGACAAGAAGAGACGUGGCGCCGUUACCUUGGAGUACAUCUUUGAGCAGGCGCAGGCCGUUUUUGCACCAUACAAAAUUAACAUCAAGCAAGGCACAGAGCCCGACUGGUGGGCCGCAUAUCAGAUCGGCCAGCGCAUGACGCCCAAGUUCUCUGCCCGAGCCGACGAUGGCGUGGACAGAGUGUUCAUCGUGGGAGACGCUUGCCACACGCACAGUCCGAAAGCCGGGCAGGGCAUGAACGUGUCCAUGAUGGACUCUUACAACCUGGCUUGGAAGCUUGCCCACAGCCUGCACGGGCUGACGCCUCGUGUGCCUUCUGGCGCAGCAGACGCCGUUCUAGAGACCUUUGAAGAAGAGCGGGUGGAUAUCGCUCGUCAGCUCAUUGAGUUCGACACGCAGUUUUCUCACAUGUUUUCCGGGCAGAUUGGCCCGGCGGACGCCGAAGCCGCGGGCCUGACGCACGACGAGUUUCUCCGCGUGUUCAGCGAAGGAAAUGGCUUCACUAGCGGCUGCGGUCUUCACUACAAACCCAACAGGCUUGUGAGGACACCUGUCGAUACUGCCGGGGAGGUUUCCCAGGCGGAUUCGCUCUGUGGCGCGUUGACGCCCGGCAGGCGGCUUCUCGAUGUCCAGGUGAAGCGUUAUGCCGAUGCCAACACUCGACAUCUUCAAGACGAAAUGCCCUCAACGGGCCGCUACCAUGUGCUUUUGUUUGCGAGCAACGACCUUCUUGACAAAUAUGGCGCUUCUCAAUCAGCUAUACUAUCGUCUAUCGAUAUUAUCCACAAGUUCCCGGCGGGCGCCAUCAAUCUCGUACUGCUCCAUCCAUUGACGGAGCGAUUCGAGUGGGCUGAUUUGCCUCCCAGCGUCAAGACAUUUGCCGAGAUGCGGACAUAUGGAUUGGCCAAGAACGAGGAUGCGUACAAGGUGUUUGGCGUGCCCAAGGAUGAGGGAAUUAUUGCAGUAAUCAGGCCUGACGGCUACGUUGGCAUGCUGGCGCCUCUGUCGGAUCCUAAACUGGUAGAGGAUUAUUUCCAUGGUUGUUUAGUUAGCAUUUAA